UUUUUUUUUUUCCUUCUUUCCGUUUUCUCUGCUGUGUCAGAAAGACCGACACAGAACUAUCUCUGUUUCUGGCUCCACUGCCAGUGGAGUUUUCAUUCAGACUUUCCGAAGAGAGGUGGAGAAACCUAAAGACUCAGGAGAAGAAGAGGUCUUUUGAGCCAAAUGGGGCAUCAGUUCUUCUGCUUUUCUCAGCAUGGAUAAACCUUUUCCUCAAGGAUUUUCUGAUGUGCCCUAACGUCCAUGUAACAACAAGGGCUCUUUAUCACCACAAGUGCCACCCUGACCCAAAACCACUCAGAACUCAAGAAUCAAGGCGAAAUGGAUGCUGCAGUGACAGAUGAUUUCCAACAAAUUCUUCCUAUUGAACAGCUGCGCUCUACUCAUGCUAGCAAUGAUUAUGUGGAACGGCCUCCAGUCCCCUGUAAACAGGCCCUCUCCAGCCCUUCCCUUAUAGUGCAAACCCACAAAUCUGAUUGGUCCCUGGCUACCAUGCCUACUGCUCUUCCCCGCAGUCUCAGCCAGUGCCAUCAAUUGCAGCCCUUGCCUCAGCAUCUGAGCCAAUCUAGCAUUGCCAGCUCAAUGUCCCAUAGCACCACUGCCUCUGAUCAAAGGCUCUUGGCCAGCAUUACCCCCUCACCUUCAGGCCAGUCCAUCAUCCGAACCCAGCCUGGAGCAGGUGUCCACCCAAAGGUUGAUGGUGCUCUGAAGGGAGAAGCUGAGCCAUCUGCAGUGCACCCCAGUGAGCACCUCUUCAUCUGCGAGGAGUGUGGGCGCUGCAAAUGUGUCCUUUGCACGGCAGCUCGUCCUCUCCCCUCCUGCUGGCUGUGCAACCAGCGUUGCCUUUGCUCUGCUGAGAGCCUCCUCGAUUAUGGCACUUGUCUCUGCUGUGUUAAGGGCCUCUUCUACCACUGCUCCACUGAUGACGAAGACAACUGCGCUGAUGAGCCCUGCUCCUGUGGACCGAGCUCUUGCUUUGUCCGCUGGGCAGCCAUGAGCCUCAUCUCCCUCUUCCUACCUUGCCUGUGCUGCUACCUGCCUACCCGUGGAUGCCUCCAUCUGUGCCAGCAGGGCUAUGAUAGCCUCAGGCGACCAGGCUGCCGCUGUAAGAGGCACACCAACACUGUGUGCAGAAAAAUCUCUUCUGGUAGUGCACCAUUCCCCAAGGCCCAGGAGAAGUCUGUAUGACCUUCCCACAAAAUGGAUCCAGAGCUUUCUCUUUCUUAGCCCCCAUCAGUAAAGUGCAGGCCUCAUCUUUGAAGAGGGGGAGGAGGAGUAAAGUAGCCAAAGUUAGGGCCUCACCAGUUUUGCUCCUGCAGUGUCAGGGGAAUGGCCAAGUACAUCCUGGUGCAGGAUGCCUUGUUCUUGCUCACAGUAUCUAUCCCACUCCUCUUCAACCUUUUUACACCUUGCCGUUUUAGCCCUGUGGCUGUCAUGGCAAAUUCAGGUGAUAUAUAGGCAUGACAUUUGGACACCGAGGGCUGACAGAGCCCGCAACGUGGAGGUUUAGGGGCUCCCCAAUAUAGUGCCUCUCGAUGCAGGCUCUGAGCGUCACUCUACUUUCCACAGUGCCUUUGGAAACUUUCUUCUAAGAUGGUUUUCACAGGUCCAUGUGGAACAGCAUUCAAUAUUCCAGGGAAUCUGAUCCCUUCUCCCUUGUUUACUGCCCUUCUCUUCUUUAGUCUCUUUUUCUCCCUGUCUCCUCUUGUUCUGUGCUCCUUCCCCCUUCGUUCCCAGUCUCUCUCCUUCUACUUUUCCUCUCUUUUCUUUCUGUCUCCCUUCCUUCUACUCCUUUGCUCCCUCUCUUUCAGACUAAUCCAUUCUCUACCUGUAUUUCUAUCUUGUUUGAUCUAUCUUUGUCUCUCUCUACCUGACUUUCUUUCUCUACUAUGUCCGAAAGUGCUGUUUUUCCAUAGGUGUUUCCUUUGACGCCAAACUUUGCUAUGCUAUACUAUUUACUAAAUUUUAUUAAGGGAAAUGGAUUACUGUAAUGAACUGAUCACUAGCAAUAGUCUAUAUCCUGACACGUGUGUGUGCGCUCAUAACCACACUCACCUGUUUGUGAGCAUAUGAGGCAAAAUUAUCUUACAUUUCCAGGUUUAACUAGUUGGAGUUUUACUCCCUUUCCCAAUAAUCAACUUAUAGUACUGACAGAUUCCACUAGCAUGCGGAGUAGGAUAGUAAAUCAGGAUGCUCAUAACUUUGUAUGUCUGACCCAAGUGCCAAAGGCAGACGUGCUUUAUAGCUAAAUGAACAAAGCAAAGGAUAUUACAGAGGUCUGUUCUCUCUUAGAAGCUAACUGCCCUGAGACUGCAUGGCUCAGGCCUUAAUUAUGGACAUAAAAAGUCAUAAAACUUUAGAGCUGGAAGGAAUCUUAACUGUUAAUCUAGUUCAAUGCCCUUAUUUUACAGAUGGGAAAACUGAGGCCUGGGGAUAGGAAGGGAUUUUCCCAAGGCCACACACUGAGUUCAUAGCAGAGUUGGGACUGGAAUACAGGCCUUCUGACUCCUAGUUAAAUAUUCUCUACCCUACACCACAUUGAGUCCUGGGACUUUUCUCGUAGGACUCUAUUAACAGUAACAGAAGGCCAUUGCCAUUCAAUUUUCUGGAACCAUGCCAACUUAGUGUACUGGUCUUUAUGCAGUGCAUGGUGGGUAGCUAAUUAACUAUCAGGUGUUGAGGCUGCCCCCAGUGGACAUCAUCUUUGGCUCUGUCACCUGUAGAAGCUCAAGUGUGGAAAAAACAAACAAACAAACAAUCCCUAACCAAGCUGUACCUUCGCCUACUCUUUGCUGCACACAUUGUGCUCACUCCUGGCUUUGUCUGCAAUGGCAAUUGCCUGAAAACCUAAAUUUCAGCAACAGUGGAGAACUGAGAUGAAAGACAUAUAAUGCAGAGAACUGACUUCUCUUUUAAAAAAUACCAAGAGCCUGUGUUGUGAAUCCACUUCAAUGGGAAAAGGCUGCAGUGGGGAUGGCAGGCUCCUAAAGACAGCUGUUGUUAAAGACACAAGAAUUAGAUCCAGUUUCCCUCUGUAAGUGAAUCCAAAAUUCACUAAGGAAUUCAGAGAUUGAGGGCACUUGCUUGAAAUCAAGGUGCUCCAACUUAGUUUAAGACUUCCAGACUCUGACUUUAUAUAUCAUCUCUUUUAAAGUGUGCAUGGAUGUGUAUUGCAGAGUGGAGAGGUGGAGAGAAAUGUAUAGUCAUACACAGGGGGAAGAAGAAGAGAACAUCCAUAUCUCUUUGUUGGAUAUAUACUAUAGAAAUAUGUGCCACUCAGUUUUUGUUGGUUCUGAAUCUUCCUGAAGUAUACUGACAUUUGGGCUGUACACAGCCUCAUACUUUCACUUUCACCUCCUCUUCUAGAAUUGCUUUGCUCUAUUUUUGUAUAUAUAAAUAUGUUAUGAUUAUUAUUAAUAAUGUUAAUGAUAUUGCUGCAAAUGGUGCCAUAUAUAAGGUUUGGCUUCUUGGAACAUUAUAAACCCAAACCAAUACCUGUAACCUCUUAUGUUGCUUUCAGAUCUUUCAAUUUUAAGUAACUUUUAAAAAUCUUACAAGUCUGCCUGAUUGAACUUUGACUUAUCUACCUACCCCUAAAGCUGUGCCCAGUUCUCUGAGUCCAGCUGGAUGGUGAUGAGUAGCAACACACACUUCUCCCCGCUUCUGCCUGAAAUUUGCUUAGAGCUGAGAUAUAUAAGGAUUCUAUGACACUAGUGCAUUGUUCCUGGAGCUAAAGUUAUUCUAUGGAUGUUUGCUUACUAGUAUCAGGGCCCAAACUAACACAAGUUCCUCCUCUUUGAUAGCUCCUUGAUAUCCCAAUCCUGCAGUCCUUACUCAGGCAAAUUGUGCACUGCCAGAGGGGCCCUGGGCUCUGCCAUACACCCAGAAGAGCUCUUCUCAGUGUGUUUCUAAAUGGCCUUACACUUGGUAGAAGAAACUGAAGGGUUACUCAAAUGCAAUUGCAAUCUGCAAUCUGCUGCUGAGUCAGGGCUUUCACUUGUGUCCAAGUUGGCCUGAUACGGGCUGCAUCUGGUUUACGUAUAGAUGGGUCCUGUUGGGGUAUGCAUACAGAUGUGUGAGUGUGCAUUUGCGUCCCUUCUGUGAAGUUAUAUAUAUGUAUAUGUAUAUGUAUAGUAUAUGUAUAUGUAUAUAUAUAUGUGUGUGUGCGCGUGUGUGUGUAAAUAUAUAUAUUCACACAUCUCUAUAUAUUUUAAUGUAUUGCACAUGUAUAUUUAAAAUAUAUAUGAAAGAACUCUAAAUCCUGCAGAAAGCCUCUGUUUUCAUUAUUUUCUACCUUGUGGCAUGUACUGUAUAAACAGGAAUAUUAGAGGGUGUUUCCUGCUUAGCAUUUUUUUUUUGCAGUCAUCCAUUACCGCCUUAUUCUACUGCUUUCCGCAUAUUGGUUCCCUGAUACAUCUCAUAUGGCUUUAGUCAAGAGUUCUCCUCUAAUUCCAGCCCGUCUUCCUCAUCACAAUAGCUAUAAUAAGUAUAGUGAACACGUAUAUAGUGCUUACUGUAUUGCUAAGCACUAUUUUAAGCACAUUACCUAUAUUGGCUCAUUUAAUUCCCACACUAACUGUAAGAUGUAGGUACAAUUACAAAUGCCAUUUUACAGAUGUGAAAACUAAAGCACAGAGAGGUUAUUUGAACUGCUAAAGGUAACAAUGCUUAUAAAUUAUGGAGCUAAUAUUUGACCCUAGGCUGUCUGAGUCCCAAGUCCCUGCUCCAGAGUUGGGUGUAGAAGUCUGGAGGAUAAUGCAAACUCUUCUGGUAUAACAAGCCCCAAACAGUGAACAGUCCUUUCCCUAACUGCAGUUCAUCUGCAGCCUAAAACUUGAAACAAAUGUGCUCCUAUGUUAGGAGUGAAGCAAUAAUUACAGACAUCAUAUAUGUCUCUUGCUUCCCAAGAUGAUGGCAUUAUAAACUUCUCCACUAUUCCCUUUGAAAACAUGUUUGCAGACAGUUGCCAUUUUUCGGGCAGUUUACAGUGUAGAACUAGUAGCGAAAUAUUGUGACUUGUGCCAGAGAAGUUUACGAGUUUUUAAGACUUUGACCUUUUCUUUAUAGGCCCAGAGAAAACUAAUUUGAUUUCUUUCUGCAGAAAGUAGAACUAAAACUAUUUUUGGAACUUGAGAUUAGUUGGAAUUGUUAACAUUUAAGUUCAUUGAUUAUACUGAGAGCAUUUUUCUGAUUCAAAUGUAAGCAAUCCACGGAUGACCACUGUUCAGUGUAAUACCUUACUUUUCUCAUCACUGCCUUCAUACUGACAAUCCUUUACCCUGGUAUUAUUUCAGAGCCAUAAAGACUCUUAAAGAACGUCUACCCCAAUGUCAACAUUGUAUAGUUGGAGGAAAAAAUGCAUAGAGAGGGAAUAAAACCUGUCCAAAGUUACACAAUUCUGAAUUUGGGUGGAAUUAUGAUUUAUUUAUUUUCAGAAAUCUAAGUUUCUUAGAAAAUAGAACUUGAAGCAAAAACUUAUGUGCAAUUCCAGGGAAGUAAGAGUAAGGAAAAAGAGUAGUGAGGAAGGAAGGAAGGAGAGCAAACAAAAAGGAGUGUAUCAUUGUGUUGUCCAUAAUCAGUUUCAUGACAAGCUAAUUUCUCAGUUUGUUAUGACUGGCCAUAUUACAUCUCCAUACAGCCCAUCUGGGGGACUAAAGGAGAAGAAUUUAUCUCCUGCCUCCUAUCUCAAUAGUCAAAUACCUUCCCUGUAAGAUAUUAACUCCCCUACACUUCUGUGUAGUGCAUGUGUGGAUGCCCAAGCAGGUACCUUGGCAUCUCAUACGUCAGGAGCAAGGGGUAGCAAGUGUGUGGCUAUGUGUGUACUAUAGGGAGACUAAUGAACUUGAGAACCUAUGUAUUCUUGACUUGCUUUGAAGGGCUUCCUUCUAUAUGGAAAUGAAGUCCCUGGUUCAACUAGUGGAGAAACAAAGUCUCAAAAUAUCCUUCUUCUUAACAUAAAAAGAAACUUUAUCCUAGUGAACUCUUCAAAAAGUAUGUCUAAACCAAUGCAUGUACAUGCACUUAUGUUCACUUAAGCUUCAUCAGCAUAAUAGCAGGAAAACUGGUCAAGUUAUUAAAUUCAGGAAAAAAUGGCUAAACAAGUUAUUUUGCAACAUAAAAAUAAAACAUUCUGUUGGUCAACUGAAUUUUCUCUAUUUCAGCCACUAAUUAUGAUAUAUAGACACAUUCUAAGAGCUAUACUAUCUCUUAUUCUCAUACUCAAUAAUUCCCCGUGCCCAAUAGACUAUGCUCAGAUGAAGUCAAAGCAUCUAGUUAAUAAAAACAUCCCAUCGAUAUAGUUUUAUAUCUAUGGACAGUGUCAUUAAAGCAUUGGAAUGCAUUCCACUCAUUUAAUUCUUGCUUUUUUUAUGUAAGAAAAGAUGAGCAUAGGAGAAUUCUGAAAGUUUUUCAUGGUGAAUAAUGAAACCAUAUCAUCACUCCAAACAAUACAGAAAACUCUCCUUCAGUGACAUCUACUUUACUGAGUCCAGUGGUUACUUCUCUGUUCUCAUGUACCUGACUUACUAGCACCAUUUGACAUAGUUGUUCAUUCUGUCCUCGUAAAAACACUUUUACCACUUGGCUUCCAGGAUACCAUAUUCUUCUGGUUUUCCUCCUACUUCACUGUCUGCUCCUCUCUAUUCUUUACUGGAUACCCUCAUUUUCCUCACCUCUUCAUAUUCAAGUAUCUCAGCAAUUGGUCUUUGAAAUAUGCUCUUUGGGUACCAUUUACAUGAUGACUUUCAAAAUUGUAUCUCCAGCCUGGACUGCUCCCUUGAACUUCUCACUCUUAUAUCCAACUGCCUAUUUCACAUCUCUACUCUGAUAUCUAGUAGAAAUUUCAAACAUAACAUGUUCAAACUUAUUUUUUCUCUCCUCAAACCUGAACUUGGCAGCAUUUCUUAUCUCUUUUAAUGCCAAUUCCAAACUUCUAGUUGCUCAGGUCAAAAAAUUUUAUACUUACCCACUAGGCGUUUUAUUAGUUAUAAAUGUAGCUAAAAUUCUCAACCUCCAAAUCCUCAAUUAGUCUUUUAUUCUGAUGAUUUAUCAUGUGGUCAUUAGUGCCCCUUUUGAACCUCUGGCCUAAAGUUUGAUAAGAUUGAAAUCCUUGGUCCCUUUAUCCUAAUCUAGGCCCACAUCCUUAUCUUGACCAUUAAAUUGAUUAGCACACUACCGGUAUUGCUGCUUUAAAAGGCCAGAAUGACAAGACACAUAGCCCUCAAGGAAAGACAUCUUGAGAAUGACACUGCUCAUUGUUUAAUCUUGCUGUUAUUACAAUCAAUGUUAUAUAUGUUGCUCCCAAAUGUAUUUGCUGGCCAAUCUCCUGGAAAAGUAGAGGGUAAUCUUGACCCACAAGCUGUGAUUCUCCAACUACUCAGGCAAUGCUUUUGACUAUACCAUAUAAUGGGCAUGUGUCUGAUGGUAAAAGCCACAGAUGACAAGGAUCUGGAAAUCCCCAAGUCAUCUAAGAACUAACAAACACUGUUGAUGCAGAUUACUAAG